AGGUAACAGGUUUCAGGAAAAAAUGUAAGAUCCUUAACCCGCAUCAGAUCCCAACUCAUUCCGGGAACCGAAUUGCUCCUCGCUUUCUUCCCACACGGCGAAAUCACAGAAAGAGAGAGAGAGAGAGAGAGAGAUGAAGAUCACGGCGCUUUUGGUGCUGAAGUGCACCCCGGAAGGGUCCGAUCCGGUCAUACUUGCGAACGCGACGGACGUUAGCCACUUCGGGUACUUCCAGAGGUCCAGCGUCAAGGAGUUCAUCGUUUUCGUCUCUCGCACCGUCGCCAAGCGCACGCUACCCUCCCAGCGUCAAUCCGUCCAGCACGAAGAGUACAAGGUGCAUUCUUACAACAGAAAUGGCCUUUGUGUAUUGGGCUUUAUGGAUGAUCACUACCCAGUUCGAAGUGCCUUUUCACUGCUCAACCAGGUGCUAGAUGUGUAUCAGAAAAAUUUUGGCGACUCAUGGAAGACUGCACAAGCAGAUAAUACCCAAGCAUGGCCCUAUCUGAGUGAAGCUUUGACAAAAUUCCAGGACCCUGCGGAGGCUGAUAAGUUGUUGAGAAUUCAGAGGGAGUUGGAUGAAACUAAAAUUAUCCUUCAUAAGACUAUUGACAGUGUACUUGCACGGGGUGAGAAACUGGACAGUUUAGUUGAAAAGAGUUCAGAUCUCAGUUCAGCAUCACAGAUGUUCUACAAGCAAGCCAAGAAGACAAACCAGUGUUGUACCAUACUGUGAGCUUCUGCGGAGAGGAGCAAUCUUGUAAUUGCCUCCACAUUUUCUAACGACAAAGUUGAUGGAUGACAAAUUGUGAGUCUACUAUGUUUAUACCGUUUAUCAAUUGUUUUGUUGAUGUUGAUGGAUUCAAGAAAUGGAAGGGAAAAAAAAGAAAAAGAAAAAUCAAUUGUUUGGUGG